CCCGGCUGCCGACGUGCGAGGGUCGCACGAGUGAGCGACGCGCGAGCGCUGCGAUGGCGCGAUGAAGACGUGCGGGCGCGCGGCGUUUUGCUGGGCCCUGCUGUGCCUCGCUGGCAGCCUGGCGGCGCCGCGCCGCCUCUACUGCGAGCGGGCGGACGUCGCCUGGCGCGCCUACCGAGCCCCCGCCGCCUUCGAGGUGCGCGUGCAGUCGCUCGCCAGGGACGCCGCCACCGUGCAGGUGCGCCGUGUCUUCCACCGCCAGGGCCGCUGGCCCCGCGAGGAUGCCAUUAUCCGCCUCAAGCUGCCGCAGGAGGCCCUCGAAUGUGCAGGACGUUUCGAAGUGCCCCUACAGAAUCGAAAGAACUAUAUCGUGUUCGCGGAGAGGAGAGGCCACGCCGCGGUGGCGCUCGGACCCCCUCUCAGAAGGACUGGCAAAUUGAUUAGGAGGAUCCGCGCGGUCUACAAGGCUGGUUACAGUAGUCCAGCAAGAAUAGAACCAAUGCAGUCGGUGCUGGCAAUGCAGGGAAAACGGGUGAGGCUCGAGUGUCGAGCAAGCGCCCGUCCACCGCCACAUAUAUCUUGGUACAAGGAUGGCAAGCCCGUUGCCGAUAUCGCUUUAAGAAGAUUCCGGGUGCAAAAUUACAGGAGGCGCUCGGUACUAGUGAUAAGGCAUGCGCGUCGUGAUGACGCCGCGACGUACGAGUGUAGGGCCCAAGGCGCAGUAGGACCGCCAGCGAUAGCAAGUGCUAAUGUUAGCGUCUUACCACAAGUCACAGCAGCUCCAGAUACACCACCUGGUGCCCCAUGUCCAAUGCCCGAUCCAGCCUCUUACUGUCUCAACGGAGGCACUUGUUUAUUUUUUGAAGUUGUUCAGGAACAAGCUUGCAAGUGUCCGGAAGGCUUCAAUGGGCAACGGUGCGAAAACAAGGACGUGUCGAACAGGAGCAGUAUGUAUCAUUCCUACACAUGCAAACUGGGCCUCUCAACGUCCUACUACUGUUAGCCAGCGUAGCGCCGGCGCAUUACCCACCUCGUUCCAAUUUUAAAUUUUAGCACCGUUCGGACACGCCGCGUCAUAGACAUAUAGCAUGUGAUAGGUAAAUAAUGUUAGAAAACCGCGCGAAAGAGAGAUCCUAGACAACUAAUUGGUUCACUCCUUUUUGGUCCGAAAAUAGUAUACGCAUUGUACAUUCCGUGAUAUAUGUCUAUGACUGCUCACUGUUGGACUUAGAAUAUAUUCCUGUCACGCAAUUAUUUCCAGUCACGUUUAUUCCUAUUCUAUUAAAAAGUAAUUUUAUUUAUUGCAUUAGUAUAAUAUUUUCUUAGUCCACAGAUUUUUGUAGCUAAAAUAGCGAAAUGCUUCAAUAUAUUAGAGCGUUUUUAAAGUUGCAACGUUUGUUAAUAGGGCCAGCUGUUUGCAUGGCCAUUUUUGUUUUAUUUUUUUGAAGCUCAUGUGUCUCGCGCUUAUGACGAGAAGACAUGCAGGUUCCAUUACUAAUGCGUUCAACAUUCUUUUGCCACUGAUUAAUAAACUUUUUAGCGAAAGCUUUAAAUUACAUUAGAAAUUUUUAAAUGUUGUAUAUAAAUAGCUGGCCCAGUGAGAUUAUAUUUUUAAGUAUUUUUACUAGCACAAAUACUAAAUUAUUACUAAACACUAUAAAAAAAGGCAAUUGAAAUAGCCUUUAUAAUGAUUUUUUAUUUAUUAAGGGAAAAAUUCGCAAACAAUUAAUGAGCCCAUUAUAUUAAUAAAAAAAACUGUUUCGUUCUAUAUUCAAAGUUGUAAAUAUUUUACACAUAUUUGUAAUUUUGCGAUUUUUAUAUUGUUAUUAACUCUAAGGUUUGAUAACACAUUGUAGUAGGUAAUAUUAUUCUGAUAAAGAGACUUGCAAGUUUUGUACAUAUCUAUUAGGAUAAGAUUUUUAAUUACCCUUUAAUGAAGAAAAUAUCCACUCGUUUAUCAUAUGAAAUUUAACUGAAACCAUAGUCUAGUAAAUCAGUUGAUUACGUACUUGUUACCUUUUUGUCACAGUAUUAAUAUCCGAAAAAUUAAAUAACGCCAAGAUAUCAAUGAACAAAAUAAUUGCCUUAAUAUUAUCGUGAUAAAAAGUUUUCAGAGCGUAUCGGCCUCAUCAAAAACUAUUUACUUAUUUUAUGUUUUUAAUAUAGCGAAGUAAAAACAAAAGUAGAGCCAUUUAAAAACUACACAGAAAAUCGUUAUACUCCACCUAGUCAAAUAGCAGUUUUAAUACAUAAACCCUAGAUAGGACUAUAUAAAUAAAUGUAUGUAUAAUUUUAAUACGAGUGUGGAAUGUUGGAAGGAUGGUUGUGGAUAUAGCGAAAUGUAUUUUUCUGUUAACUUUCAGAUAUUAAAUGUACUUACGUCAAAUCAACUCGCUAUGUGGGACCGAACCUAUUUAUUCAUUACACGGUUUUUAUAGUUAAAUAAUUCAUUUUUGUAUAAAGUUCUCGUUUAAGUUCAUUAUUUAUAUUAUGUAAUUAAACUAGAAAAGGGACUAUUUAUUUUAAUUCAGUUUGAGGAUUAUAGGGCAUUACAUUGAGGUUAAGUGACGUUAUAUUGUUCUAGAAAAGUCUAUCAAAUUUUAAAACAAAGCCUAGUUGCGACAGAUGAUAAUUUAUUGCAGUUUUUGACGUCAUUUCUCCUAAUUAAUUUGUAGUCUCACAACAAAUACUAAGACGCAGUGUUAUUUAAUGUAAUAAAUAUACCAAAAUCACAAUAAAA